AAAUCAGGUGGGAUGUGACAGUUAGAAAGCUUAGUUUGUUGUGAUUUUUAGUUUGUUUCUAUUAUUUUGUUUGUUUAAACAUUUUUUUUUUAUUUAUACAUUGAAGCAACAAAGCUUAUGUCAUUAUGAACUGCAAUGAGUUUUGAAGAACCAAUUUCAAGAAACUAUUCCUGAUGUGAACGAAAGUCGGUCCAGCGCACACUUCAUAUAAAUUUCCAGCAUGGUGGUGGUGCUGAAUGGGGUGUUGGCGGACGAGUGCCCCACGUCGGUGAGGGCGCUCCUGUCUGCUCAUCCAGGGUACAGAGAUGCAGCAGCACAACUCCUGGCCACAGCCCCCAGGGUUGUCGGACCUCAAGGGCUGUUGUACGUUGCCCAGAGAGAAUUGGCCGCUGUCGUUCCCCACGACAAAAACGUCAGUAUCAUAGGCUCCGAUGACGCCACGUCUUGUAUUAUAGUAGUUGUCAGACAUUCAGGUUCAGGUGCGGUUUCAUUGGCCCAUCUCGACGGCUCUGGGACAGAGGAAGUAGCGGCGGCCAUGGUCGCUAAAGCGCAGCAACUAGCUGCAGGUUACCCUGAGGGUAGGCUGGAGUUACAGAUGGUAGGAGGAUUCACUGAUCCCCGUAGAUAUUCUGACGACCUCUUCGCUAAUAUCAUGUUGUCCUUCCACCGUCUGUCAGAAGAGAUAGACUUGACGCUAGCGUGUUGUUGCGAGCUGAACACAGCGUUGGGCGGUUCACCGUCCCCGCUGGUGACUGGUGUUGGGGUUGAUAUAAGGGCUGGAGACAUGUUCCCCGCGACCUUUCCUGAUAAAGGACCAGAGCUUCCAUUAAGAAGCGCCAGAACCAUCACCGGUGGACCAAACGCUGCUCAGGUGUUCGAUAUAUACGACAACGGUGUCGGCAUGUUGCGUAUCGGCCCAUUCAACUACGAGCCGCUGCGUAGUGUCGAGCUCUGGCUGGGUCAGUCCGAUGACUUCAUACUGCAACAUCUGAGUACAACGCCAGCCGUUGAGGCGCCGCACUUCGUACAUAAUAUCCGUGUAACUCUAAAGUUCAUCCAGCAACAUCCGUUUCCCGCUGUGACGGUGUUCCCUGACAACAGACCGCACUACUACCGCCGAGAUGAACAGUCGGGAUGCUGGGUACCCGUCAGGUUCUAAUGAGCACACACAAAAUAUUUAUAUGACACGAAUGGCUCAAUGCCAUUGAUGUGGAAAUGGAAUAAUAUAUCGUGACUAAGAUUUGAAUUUGCUGGUCAGAGUAUUCAGUUGAUUUGUUUUUUUUUUGUUUUAAGUUUCCUAUAGAAUAUAUAUUUGUUUAUGGAUGAUACAAAAACAUGUUCUUUUUGUUUUUUUUUUUUACUACGAUCCAAGAUUUUUAAAGAAUACAGAUAUGUGUAAAAAUACAUUCCAUUGUUAUUUUUUAUAAUCUAUAUAAAUACAAAAAUAAUUAAUGUUGUAAAUUUUUGUGAUGAAAAUACUAACAGUUGGAAUAAAUACAUCGGUUAACUUAACUGAUUUUAGAAUUGUAUGUAAAUACGACUUAGUUAUUUGAAUGUUAUUAAGUUUAUUGUAUUGUAUAUUUUGACAGGAUCUUUUUAUAUUUUUUUUUAUUUUAACAUUUUCCAUCCGGUUUCCAGGUGAAUGUAGCACUGAAUAAAAAUGAUUAAAGUCUCGACUUGAAAGUGAAAAAUAAUUAGUAAUUUUGCCCAGUUUAUUGUUAGGUUAUUAUAGAUGGAAACACAAAAAAGGCGCUGUAAAUAUUAUAGUAAGCAAGUUAUUAGUUAAAAGCGUUACUAGUUAUUGUUUUGUGAAAUUAUGAUUAUAUUGAAAGUUCAAUAGUU